UGCUUAACUGACUGAGCCACCCAGGCACCCCUGUAUGCCUAUUUAUACAGAUAACAAAUAAUCAUUUAUUUUAUCACAUUUAUUUAGUAUCUACUUUGUGUCAAGAAUUGCUCAAGACACCUAGGAUACGGCAAGAAAGAAAACAAAGCCCUUGCUUUUGUGGAGUUUAUGUUCUAGUGGUUUAAGAUCGGGGGCAGCUAAGUUGUUUAAAAAAAAAAAAAAACCCAAAAGAUAAACAGGCAUUCUGCACAUAAUUUUAUUUUGCAAAUGGCAUAAAAAUGCUAAUAUCUGCUUUUAGCUACAAAUGUUUAACAAGAAUACAAAUUGAUAAAGAUAAACCCUUGAGUGUGAAAUUUAACUCAAAGUUUUAGGAAAAAUGGAUUGAAUUUCAACAAACUUAAUGAAAAUGUCCUCCGAUCUUUGGAAAUACAGAUGCCACUAGACAGCCUGUUCCUGUUGUCUGUUUCUCACCUGAGGCUUUCCUGUUCCUCAGUAUACAAAGGGGGGCACUGUGCAGUCUCCUGGCCUCAAAGCCAACUAUGUUCUCCCCUUUAUAAGUAGUUGAGAAGACACGUUUUGAGUCCCACAACAGCACAUACUCAGCCAUUUCUAACAGUUAGAUGGCAUACGCUCAACUCUUGUAGCCCACCAGGUGUUGCCUCUUGCUCUUAGAUGCUGUGCUUCCUCCUCCAUGAGCAUUUUCAACCAUUUAAGUACUAUGAAGUCACAAGUUGUUGGGGACAUACAGGUCUGGAGAAGCUUAGGAAGCAGUCUUUUGUGUUGGAAAGUGUAGUGACCUGGGUUCAAAAUCUCAUUUCCUAUUCCACAGCUACUAUCUUCUGCCUCUGUCAUAUUUGGCUCUUCUUGUUUAAUAGGUUUAUAUUUCUGGCACCUACAUGGAGGUUGGAAUAGUAAUUUUCACAGGCUCUAUAAUUUCAGUGCUCUGUUGUUUCCAGUAUAAUUCUCAGGUGGCAUGUGACUUCCAUUUUUCAUGUCAGAUGCUGAGACCAACAUUGACAGUGAGUCCACAUCAACUCAGGAAAUUUCUGAAGAGAUGAUAAUAUCACGUGGGUUGCCACAGAAUGUUUCUCAGGAAAGUGACUUUCCAGAAACAUGUGAACUGGAGAACCACCAGGAAAUCCCCACAGUGAAAAAUAUUAAAAGAAAGGAUGAGAGAAUCCUCUGCACAAGAAAACCCUUCAGAUGUGAGGCGUGUGGGAGAUGCUUCAGCUUUUUUUCUUACUAUGUUAGACACCAGAGAAUCCACACUGGGAAGAAACCCUACCCAUGUAAGGAGUGUGGGAAAUCCUUUAAUGGCAAUUCUUCAUUAACUCGGCACCAGAGAAUCCACACUGGAGAGAAACCCUAUCAGUGUGAGGAAUGUGGGGGAGCCUUUAAUAAUAGUGCAAAUCUGAUCAGGCAUCAGAGAAUCCAUGGUGGGGACAGGCCUUAUGUCUGCAAGGAGUGUGGAAAUGGCUUCCCCAGUAGUUCUGAGUUGGUGGUACACCAGAGAAUCCACACUGGGGAGAAACCUUAUGAGUGUAAUGAGUGUGGGAAAGCUUUUGCUGUUAAGCCAACAUUAAGUCGGCAUCAGAGAAUCCACAGUAGAGAGAAACUAUGAGUGUUUUCAAAUGUGGGAAAACCUUCAGGACUUCCUCCCAGCUACAUCAUCAUGCAUAUGCUCACCCUAGAGAGAGACCUGUCCUGGACCUUGGUUCCUUUGGCCUCCCAGCAUUUUUUACCCCCUUUUCAUGGUAAUUUCUGCCCUGCUUUUUUUUUGGAAAGUCACUCAGCCCUCAACAGUUGAUGUGGUAUAUAGGUGGGGCUCUCUUCCUCACAGCAGGGGUGGAACUUGGGGUCUAGUCUAGCCCAUCUAUACUUUUUUACUAUUUACUUGGGGUCUAGUCUAGCCCAUCUAUACUGUUCCUUCCCCCUGCCACAAUGAUGGGUUCAGGUGACCAGGUUCAUCCAAUCAGGUGCAAAACCUACCAGGAAGCAGCAUAUUAUUCUGCUGGGCUCAGAUAUUAGCCCUGCAGAUAAGAGAGAAAUGGAGAGAACCAAAUCUACCACUGAGUUUUUCAGUGACAUGAAUCAAUAAAUUUCAGUGUUUGCAUAAGUAGUUUUGAGUUGGGUUUUCUUUCCUUGCUGAUUCUGAAAUCAGCUGAUUUCUUUCCUUCUUUCCUUCUUUCCUUGCUGAUUCUGAGCCAUCUCAAUGUCUUACAUAUUUCAGAACCUUCAGAGUUAACAUAAACUUGAUUUGGCAUCUGAGUCCAUGGUAUGAAUAAACCUUUCGUACAUGUGAUAUGUUGGAAAUGCUGUAGGUGUGAUUCUGAUGGUUUGUGCAGAGACAAACAAGUAAUAUGAAUGUGGGAAAGCCAUUAACCCUCAGUUAAGCCAGGUUAACAUUCAGGUAUCCCAAAUGGAUGGAAGUUGCAGCAAUUUAAGCACUGUAAUGAAAAUUUCAAGUUACUAUAGGUACUUUGCUUUGUUUGCU